AUGGAGGAGGAGAAACUUGCAAAACUCUGGGAAGGCCUCAUCCUGACAGAGGUAGAAGAGGAACCCAUUACAGUUGCUGCUCAAGACAUCAUGGCGGCAACUCAAAGAGGCAAAAACUGCCUGUUGGCAAAAGUUAUCACUGAAAGGUACUUUAACAAUGAAGCUCUUCGCUCCACCAUGACUCAAGUGUGGAGGAACGAGGGAGGAAUGACGUUCACUGAAAUAGGUGAAAACAGCUUCAUGCUAGAGUGUGAAAAGGAGAUAGACAAGCAGAAAAUACUACAAGGUAGACCCUGGAACUUUGACAGAAACCUUAUUGGCAUCCAAGACAUUGAUAGUAGCUUGCCACCAAGUGAGGUGAGUUUCUCCCAUGAGCCUUUCUGGGUCCAAAUCCACAAUGUGCCUUUUGCUGGUAUGACUGCCGAGUAUGGGAAACAGAUUGGCUCAUCAGUGGGCAAAGUUCUUAGUGUGGAGGUAGACAAGGUAGGACAAAGCUGGGGUAGAUGUCUGGGUAAAUGGUUGCAAGUGGGAGAAAGGAGAACGUGGGCAGCUUUCAAGUAUGAGCGUCUGCAGAAUUUUUGCUUCAUGUGUGGAGUUAUUAUGCACCAAGGCAGAGGAUGCCCGUUACAAAAGCCCCAAGAAGACCAACAAAACCAAUAUGGGCAUUGGCUCAGAGCCAUGCCCCCCAAAGUUCCAGUGGGAGCCUCAAAGACCUAUGGAGGCAGACCAACUACCACCACCCCUGAUCUGAAAUGGCAACACUCAGGAAUGGUGGACAUUAACGGGCCUCGGCUAGCAAGGGACCAUGGGGAUGUCUCGGGGCCUCUAAGACAGGAGGGGGAAGAGGUGGGAUGCCAGCCUGCUCAAGACUCCAUGGCGGAGGAAGGAGGAGUAUCACAUCACCACUACAGGAGCAAGCACUGUGCUCUGACAGGUGAGUAUCCUUUCCCAUCUAUAAUAGACAUCGAGCACAAUCUGAUCUCUGAAGUAACCUGCAACGUAGCCCAUACCACCCAGUCAAGUCCUACUUUCUCUACAGUUGGGGGUAAACUAGAUGGGGACAUGACUCAGGUCCCCAAAAGCAUAAAAGUCAAACCCAAGUUUACCCGCCCAAGCCACCCAACCAAGUGGCCAAAGAAUCUGAGUAGAAGUAAACAAGACCUGGGAGUUCAGUCAAAUUACUCGAUAACAACAAGGAAGACCACCUGGAAAAGAAAAGCUCGUGAAACAAAACUAGCCAAAUCUUUACAUCCUGAUGAAUCAAUUGAACCAACAAGAAAGAGAGCUAGUAGUGCUGUAUUGGGUGACAUCUCUAACACCCAAGGGACUAAAAGAUCACGAAUAACCCUUAGGAGGUCUGAGGCCAACCAGGCCUAUCGGUGUGAUGAUGAUAAACACAUGGCAGAGGCUGCAAGACAGCCCUGCCAAGACAAAUGA